CAAUGAGAGUUACGUCCCUUACAUGAUUUUCAAUGGUGGAGGUAAGAUUACGGUCACAGAAACAGGUGCUUGGUCAAUGUAUAACCAUAGACAUAUUUUUAAUAAUAAUAUUAUUAAUAUGUCUAUGGUUUGGUCUUCUUUGUGCCCAUUUGUGGUGUGAAAUUUCUCAAUUUAACAGAUCCUGUUAAAUCAAGACCUGUAGAUGUAAAAGUAUGUCAUCUUUCACAAAUGAAGAACCAGUCAUUGAACAGAACAUAAAAGAGUUUAUUUACUCUAAAACUGGAGAAUGUGUGUUUGUUGAUAUACAAACUCCUUCCUCCAUAAAGAUUGUUCCAAAAAUCAAACAUGGGUCAAUUGUCUUGGGAAUCUUGUGGGUGAAAGUAUUACAACAUCGUGGAAAUUAUCCUGUGAUCAGAUAUCCAUACAAGAAAAUGGUUGGUUCAAAAUCUGUGAAUGAAAUAGUAUUGGGUCUUGAAGAUGUUGUGAUUAUAGUUAAUUUGAAGACCGGAUUAUUGGAGAUCAAAGGCCGAUUUGUGAUUGAGUGGUUUACUAGAUAUUUUCAGUCAGUUCUAGACGUGUAUGAUGGUAUCCUUAAAGAAACCUUUAAACUUGAAAAGAUUUACACAGAGAAUGAAGUAAAGCAUCUAGAUCGAGACAUCGAAACAAAUAAACAAUACUAUGCUAAUAACUGGCCAGAUGAAGCCCUGAAAGAUGGAGUAUCAGUUUUUAAUGUCUCUUCUAAUGAGUUAACUUCUGUUGACAAUGAGGUACCAUUAGAACUACAAGUUCCAGACAAAAAAGAUUUGGAUGUGAUGACACAAGAAGAGGUAGAUGAGCAGACAUCAACAUUAGCACCAGGCUCGGUAUUAGAUGGUGUUACUUUACAUAGAAUCUGGAGAUCCCUUCUUAAUGCAUGGUGUUCAAGUGAAAAUUGCAGUAUUUCCAUAGCAACACCACGAAUUGAUGUACCUAGUCUUGUGGAAAUUUGCCACUUUUUCAUCAAAUACCGAGAAAUUGUUAAAAUAUGUGCGAUUUGUAUUCCUAUGCAGUUUGAUGGAACAAAGCUUGGUGUUGUUAAACAGAAUGUUUUAAAGGAGUUUUCUCCCAGUAAUCAAAUUUUCAUUGAAUAUAAAGUAUUCACUCAGUUUCUUUAUCCUUUAAACACAUUCCAGGUAGCGUUUAUUUCCUCUCUAAAUGAAGAUGGCAUUGUAGAUGUUUUAGCAACAAGUGGCGAUUUCACCAAAUCGGGUUUCGGUAAGAAAUCUAGUAAUUUGGUUGUAUAUAAUUCAAUGCGGGAAGAUGAAUUUAAAUCAAAAUAUCUGAAUCCAAUAAUGGAUUAAUAAUCAGAUGUAUUAUUCAAAUAUAAAUAUUAUAAUAACAGAGUUUUAAUUAUUCUAUACAUUCUAAUCAAAAUACAGUGAUUUGGGUUGUAUUUAAUUCAAUGCGGGUAGAUGAAUUUAAAUCAAAACAUCUGAAUCAAAAUAAUGGACUAUCAGAUAUGCAAUAUACAAUUAUUAUUUUAUAUAGACCUAAUAAAAAAAGGGCUUUAAUUAUUGUACACAUUCUAAUCAAAAUACAGUAUCAUGGUUGUAUGUAAUUCUAGCAGGAAGAUGAAUUUAUAUCAAAAUAUCAGAAUCUAACAAUUGAUUAUAUACAAUACAGUAUACAAUUAAUAUUUUUAUACGCCCACAUUUUCAUGUGGACGUAUAUUGUCGUCGCUCCUGUUCGUCCGGACGUCGACAAUUUGUUUGUGGACACUCUACGUGAGUCUACAGGUGUAUAUUCAAAAGAUAUUGUUUCCUUUCGAAUUUGGCAUGUAUCAGACUGUAACUUCAUGGAUUAUGGCCCCUAAUUGUACGAAAAAUCAUUUUUUAGCCUGUGAACACUCUAGAGGUCACAAUUUUUAUUUGGUUUUGAUGAAACUUGAAAUGUAAGUUUAUAACCCAAAGAUCUCAGUUCCUUUCGAUAUUCGUGCAUAUCGCGGACUGUAACUUCCUGGAUUAUGGCCCCUGAUUGUAUGAAAAAUCACGUUUUUAGGUCACAAUUUUUAUCCAAUUUAAAAAAAACGUUCGAGUGUAUCACCGUUGCACCAUAAUGUAGGUUGAGUUCGAAUUUCGUGAAAAUCGAAUCGAAACUGUCAGACAAAAUGGCCGCUCCCUGUACGCACAAUUUUUAUCCAGUUUUUAUGAAACUUAAAACACGUGUUACCACAAUAUUGGUUUAUAUCGUCACUAUUUUUUAUCCGAUCUAAAAUACCGUUACACCAUAAUGAAGGCUGAGUUUGAAUUUCAUAAAAAUCAGACCGAAACUUCCCGAGAAAAUGUCCGAUGCUUGAACGCAACUAGUGUAAAAGUAUGUAAUACCAAGGUUGUGGACCCUUUUUUCCCGAUUUGUAUGUUUAUAUCCCAAAGAUCUCGGUUCUUUUCAAUGUUUGGUAUAUUAGUAGACGAUAACUUCCUGUAUUAUGGCCCCUGAUUGUACAAAUAAUUAUGAUGGUUGAGUUCAAAUUUGUGGACCCUCUGUAACUCACAAUUUUUGUCCAAUUUGGAUGAAACAUUAAGUAUGUGUUUAUAUCCCAAAGGUCUCAAGUUUCUUUUGACAUUCGCGCAUUUCAGACCAUAACUUCCUGGAUUAUGGCCCCGGGAUUUAUGAAAAAUCGUGGGGUUUUUUUUUUAGCUUGUUCUCUAUCCAUCUCUUGCAAAAUGUGGUUGUAUCUUGCCUGACAACCGCUGGUUUACAGAAUUGAUAACAAAAAAAAAAGAUUUAAUUACUGUAUAUGCAUUCUUAUUAAAAUACAGUAAUUUAAUAGUAUGUAAUUGAGUGUGGAGAGAUAAAUUUAAAUCAAAAUAUUUGAAUCCAAUAGUGGAUUUAUUAAUCAAAUUUUAAUUGAUAACAAAAUAGCUUUAAUUACUGUAAAGUCAAUCUGAUUAAAAUACAGACAUGAAUGCUUUUGAUAUUUUUUCAUUAUUCGCCCACAUGGAAAUGUGGACGUAUAUUGCCGUCGCCCCCGUCCUUCCGUCUGUACGUCCGACCGUCCGUCGUCCACAAUUUCUUGUGACCGCUCUAACACCAAAAGUUAUCACUCGAUUGUUUUAAAAUUGAUAUAUGUUGUUGACAUUAGUGCGAUAAAGAAUCCUAUUGAAUUUCCCAUAAUUACUUCUAGAGUUAUGGCCCUUGUUUCACUUUGUUGCGCCUUUUGAGCGCUCUAACAUCUAAAGUUAUCUGCCGAUCUGUAUGAAAUUUAUAUGUGUUAUUUAAAUUAGUAAAAAGAAGAAUCCUGAUGAAUUUAAGCAAUUUCCGUUUAUUGAAAUUUAAAUGAAAUGAAAUGGGGUUUAACGUCCUACUGUUUCCGUUUAUUACUUCUAGAGUUAUGGCCCCUGUUUUCACAUUGUUGCACCUUGUGAAUGCUCUAACAUCAAAAGUUAACUGCCGAUCUGUAUGAAAUUCAUAUGCGCCAUUUAGAUUAGUAAAUUUCAGCCUAUUGAAUUUCAGCAACAAUAAUUACUUCUAGAGUUAUGGCCCUUGUUUUACUUUGUUCAACCUUGUUAAUGCUCGAUUGAUGAAAGUUAUCAUCCGACAUGUAUGAAAUUUAUAUGUAUCAUUUAAAUUUGUGAAACGGGGGUCUGUUGAAUUUCAGCAAUUUCCAUCAAUUAUUUCUAGAGCUAUGGCCCUUGUUUUACUUUGUGAACCUUGUGAAAUUUCAAAAUUUUCUGAAAAUUACUUCCAGAGUUAAGGCCCUCGUUUCAGUUAGUAGAACCUUGUGAACCGUCAAAUGACAACAAUUAUAAUCGGAUCUGUAUGAAAUUGUCUUGUAAAUGCUCCCAAUUACCUACAAAAGAGUAAAUAUGCGUCAACCCUUGUCGACCGCCCGGGCGAUUAAGCUUCUGUGGACGUAUGUUUUGUUGCCUGGCAACCUAUCUUCUUUUAGUAAUUUUUAUUUCCUCUGGUACAAAGCAUAGGUCAGGUCUUGUUUUGACCACUUCUGCGAGAAUACCACUGAGUCUUUUUGGCUCUGUUCCUGGUGUGGUAGAGUAAAAUUACUCCGAUGUAUCUAUAGAUUUAUAAUUUAUUAAAGCAACACUCCCAGAGUUCACAUGUAUUACGUUAACCAGUCCGUAAAAGUAUCAAAGGCCAAAAUGUUUAGGUAUAUUAUUAUAUGUUUGUAAAGUGGUGGAUACACUAGCUGAAUCAAUCGGCGUCAAAAUUCGCCUAGUGUGCCCACUGCCAUUCGGCCAAAUGAUUCGCCCGAAUCAAACAUGUUUGAUAUAUUUGGCCGAAUUUGGGGUAAUAUAGUUCAUAAUUGUCGCACAAUUUUCCUUCAUAAAAAUAGAAAUAUGUUAUCCUAACAAUUUUAAUUAAGCAUUUCUGUCUGUUUCACUCAAAGAGUAAUCAUAUCCCUUUCCACUACACCAGUAUUUUGAAAGUAUAUAACAUAGGACACGCAUGUAUGAAAGUAUAAUCAUGAAUUAUCAACUGGAUUUGUUGUUGAGAGGUUUUAAAAGUUCAAUAGAACAAAAGUAUGGUGAUUGUUGUGUUAGAUAUUUUUGAGAGUUAAACAUCUCCAUCAUAAAACAAGGCAAAUUAUAUGAUCUGUAUUUUAAUCAAAUUGAUAAGUUGUUGAUAAAAUAACUAUAAUAUACCAAAUAAAAGUAUUCUCAUACAUUUACAUAACUAUAUAUAUAUAUAUGCCUAAAACUGUGAUAUAUUUACGCAUUUUUAUAUGCCCACAUUUUUAUGUGGAUGUAUUAUGUCGUUGCCCCUGUCUGUCCACUCUACAGGUCACAAUUUUUAUCCGAUUUUCACGAAACUUGAAAUAUAGGUUUAUCUCCAAAAGAUCCUGGUUCAUUUCGAUAUUGGCAUUUAUCGGAUUGAUACUUCAUGGAUGUUGGCCCCUGAUUGUACGAAAAAUCACGUUUUUAGCUUGUGGACACUUUAGAGGUCACAUAUAUUUAUCAGUCUUGAUGAAACUUAAAAUAUAUGUUUAUAUCCAAAAGAUCUCGGUUCUUGUCGAUAUUAAUGCAUAUUGGACCGUAAUUUCCUGGAUUAUGGCCCCUGAUUGUACCAAAAGUUGCAUUUUUUUUUUAGCUUUUCUCUGGGCGUUUCUUGCAUAGAAACCGCUUGUUCUAAUAUUUUAUCAUUUUUUAAAGAGUGAUUUUUCUGUUAUCUGUUUAUAUUCUAUGAGGUGUAAUUUUAGAUGUUCCUGUGUAAUUUUACUUUGUUAAAGUGUGUGAUAAUGAAUACAGCAUGUAGAACUAUUUAUGAUGGACAGGCUGUAGAACAAGCAUUUUCUAAUUAUUACCAACUGCUAGUUCUGCAACAAAGUUUUUUCACAUGUUGUCAAUAAAACAAGUAUUCCUGAUAUGAAAAAUCAAUUUGUUAUGUACUCAAUGAUAACGUUUAAUAAAUUGUUCUUUUUUGU